GCGAACUGUGUCGUCCGUUGAACUGCAAAAAGAAGGAUUUGUGCCUCUUGAAGGACACAUUUACCGCCGUCUGCGUCUCUAAGAAGGAACUCGAGAAGUCGGGAGAUAUUGUAAUCCCGAAAUCUCGAGCGGUGCAACAGAACCGACGAAUGAGGACUGAAACUUCAAUCGAUGCCGACGAUGACGAUGCUUUUUUCGACUCUGAGGAUGACGACGAGGAUCAGGACGAAUCCAAAUGUCAAGAAUGUCCUGUGGUGAAGCCGACGUUCCUUUGCGGAAGCGAUAAUCGCACGUACAGCUCGCCGUGCCGGCUCGAAUAUCACAACUGCAUCCACCACACGUUGGUCCGCAUCUCCUGCAAAGGCUUUUGCCCGUGCAAAGCGGCCGACUUGCGCGCGCAUAGUAAGAAAAUGCAGCUGCAGCGGCAGAAGGCGGUGUCCGGCAAGAUCCGGAAUCGCGACAUCACGCUGACCCCUCAUGUCUUCAAUUAUGACAAUCAUCAUUACCAGUACCUCAAGUACUCCAAACGUGCCAAGGCACUGGCCGGAGGCAAGUACGAUGACAAGCACCUGAUGAGCAACGAGGUGAUGGAGAAGACACCGUCUCCGUUGAAAUUGGCGCAGUACAAUUCACAGUCAUCGCGAAACUCCGAUUGCCCGCCGUCGUCUAAACCCGCAAUGGCAAAUCGUCUCCUGGAUUGGUUCUCCGUCGUGAUGGCAGACUCCAAACAUCGUCGUCCUCAUCCAAAACCCAAAGGUCACUUCCCCAUCGGGUGCCAGAGCGAGGUCAGGUGGAUGUUCGGCCACUUGGACAGCGACAACGACGGCAGGCUCUCGCUAUCCGAGUUGUAUGGGCUGGAACACGAUCAGAACGAGCCGUGUCUGAAACCGUUCCUGGACGGCUGCGACACCGACGGGGAUAUCUUCGUGAGCGGGCCUGAAUGGUGCGGUUGCUUCUCAAAGGCUGAACGUCCCUGUGCCGCCGUUCGCAAGCGAUCCUCGCCUGACGUGGCACCCGUCUGCGAUUCUCGGGGAUAUUAUCGUAGCACCCAGUGUCAUCGCGGCCUAGGACUUUGCUGGUGCGUGGAUCCACACGGUGUCGAGUUCGCUGGAACCCGAACGCGUGGUAGCAAACCGGAUUGCGAUACGAUCGUGAACAAGAUUAGCAACGGAGGCUUGAAAACGAACAGCGUGGACCUGGACGACGACGAGGACGGCGGGACGGACUCGGCUCAAGACCUCGAGGGGUCCGCCGAUCAGCCGUUAGACUUUUAGACUCGUUCGAAUCAGCCAGCAACGGGAGCAACACCUUGACGUGAUAUAAAACAGCCGGACGACGGGAUCCCGCUUCGGCCUCGAAGGGGAGCGAAGAAAUCAAUCAGUCGUCCGCUGGUCUUCGCGUAUCGUUGUUGUGAUUGGAGGUGUCUUCAGUGAUCGCGGCAGUUCGGCGGCCAACGCGCGAGCAAUUAGAAAAGCAACGAAACAGAGAUUUACACGGGUGAUCGGCGAGAGAGCAGCAAAUACCAUCCGACGUACCGUCGUGCAUCUUGCGUCCUUAUUCUCGCGCACGAUUCUUUUGAUCCCGAUGUUUAACCCGACGUUUCGUUUCGUUACGUUCCGAUUUAUUGUCACGCCUUCGUCGGUCGACGCUCAGCCGGCUUCGUCUGUGCGACGCGAUGCGGAGAUGUUCAGGUUUCGUUAGGACGAUUCGUCGAAAUUGAUCUGUUCGAGAACACAAGUGCCAAACGGGUUAAGAGGCUGCUGAGGUAGGGAGUCGUAGGAAGCUUGUACAGUGCAAUAAUUAAAGGGGCUACAUCGUGCAAUAGCGAUCUCGUGCGGUGCUUUAGAAUUCGAUCCAAGACCGCGUAGGCGACAGUCUCGAUGAUCGUCGACGAGACACGUUGCACCCUACGUGCCCGUCGAGGUACCUCCAUGCACAACUCGUCUGAAGCUAAUCUAAUCUAACGUAAUCACAUACGUACCAUUGUAUUUAUGCGCAUACGAACGAGAGAAAGAAACGAAAGAUGCGAGAAGGAAGCUCAUCCUCCAUCACAUACUAUGUCCAUUCCAUGACGCAUAGAUAUUAUCUUUAACGCGAGAGAUUAAAAAGAGAGAAGAUAAAAUAAUGCUCUAUACGAUUAUGAUUUCUAACCGCGCUAGGUUUAACGAUAUCUCGAAUUACGACGUCUAAGUAUUCUAUAUAUAUAUAAAAAUAAUAUAUAUAUAAUACUGUGUACGAUUUUACGAUAAUGAGGCGAACGAGAAACAAGCUGGCUGAGAGAGAAAACCUGGCUGGUCGUCAGCGGACGCGUCAGAGGAAACGCGUUUAAACUUACUCUUAGAAAAAUGCACACGCUUCGAGACAAAAAGUAGGAUAUUAUACAGAAAAGAGUAUUUACAUAGUCCGACGUCGAGUCACACGAGUAAUAGUUUAAUCGAGCUCUCUCUCGUGAUAAAAGCACCUUCGCUGGUUCUUAACACAGGUAAACGUACGCCGACAGAUAGACUUUUUACGUGUCGACGCAGCUUAUUUAUUUUAUUCACGCUUCACGAUUAAAUGAAUCUCCCUCUGUCCUGUCCUUUAUUUCCCCCUUUCUCUCGUAGCCAUCUUGCGUUGUGAGACUUUAGUGUAAGAUAACGCUGCAUACAAAAAUGAAUGACCUAUUUCAUACUCGCUAACAACUACUCUACCGCAGUUCAAUCACGACGAGGAAUUUUUUCUUUUCGAUCGAUAAUGUAAUGAUUGAUGUUCAGCACGUCGCGUCGAUAUAUCAUGUGCGUUCCGAAUUUUGUUCCACUAAUUUUAUUGUCACGAUCGAAGACGAGAAGGGAAAUUUAAAAAAAAAAACUUUAACGAACGCGUCGUGAUUCGUCUGCGUCUAAUGUAAUUAAUAAGCAUUUUUACUUAACGACUUUUACUUAAACGAGUGUGUGGUACACCGUAGGUACUAGCUAGAUUAUAACAUGUAAUCCGUAGAAAAACUGAUCGGUGUGACUAUGUGAAUAUGCCCUAGUAUUAGAAGGCAAUUUACGUAGGUAUAGCCAGUGAAAAUUAUUACACGUAUCUUUCAUCUAGAACGAACAAACGUGUGGAGAUUAUGUUUUUAAGCUUAGGACCGUUACUUUGUUUCAAAGUAUUCUUUCGGACCGUUUAGCGCUCCGGUGUAUUAUUACUUGUUUUAAGUUUAUGCAUUUCGUGUUUCAGUACUUAUAAUUGAAGACCGGCUCAUUUACAGUGAAAACAAUUUUCCCGUUGGGCUGUCUCGCGUCUAAGUCUAACUAUCCGAAAACAAUAUUCGCAUUUUAAUAUUAUAUAACGAUCGAUACGUCGCGUCACUUUGAGAAAUAUUUAAGACAACGCGUAAAUAAAAAGAGAACUCAUAGAAAAUUCAUUGGUGCCAUUAAACGUUUGGCGUACGAGAAUCUCGUCCGCGAUCAAUCUCAAUCAAUCAAUUAAUUAAUUAACUGACUAACGAUUAACUAUACUCUUUGCUACGUUGAGCGCAAUUUAUAUUCUGCCUGAAUUAUUAUUGUAUCGUCGACCUAGAUUAACAGAGCAUAUUAUAUGGAAGCAAACGUACAUAGUUUUACCGAAAGUCUUGCAUAUUGUAUAUACAUAAUUAUAUACAAUGGGAAAUCAUCGUCUAUGAUCUUCGUACCGUGAUGAUUUUUGUAAGGUAUACACCUGGUAAAAAAAAGGCGAAAGGCGUAAAGAAUUUUUACUUCAUUCCAGAGCUACUAUUAAUAUUAAUAUUUCAUCAAAUUGAUAUUGUACAUGUGGCUGUAAGAAUUCUUUAUGAAUAAAGAUUGUUGUAGAAACCUG